AUGGCUUCCGAGUGCGUGCUUGGCCGUUUCGUCUCCCGACAGGACAUGAAAUCGGCUUUGUGUAUGAUCCUCCACUUGAAGGGCCCGAGGAUGGCGAGGCACAUGGCAUGGGCUUCGAUACUGCCCCCAAAGGCAAUCAAUCUUCAGUCGGAAGAGCUCCGCAAUGGCAACAUGAUUGUGCGCACAUCCGGAUGGGGUGGCAAUCCUGGUGGAUAUCGUCUAGCAUCCUACAGGUACUCGUGGAAUGGCCUCGGAAGCGAGUUCAACGCAGAAUUCUCCUUCAGCACAACACCGAAAGAACAAAUUUAUGGAACAGGCACCCAGUAG